GCGAAGGCGAGCAGCGCGGAUGACGACCUCAGCAAUUUGAAUUACGAUGGAAGACCAACCAGGCCAAGCUGAAUCAGCAGCCAAAGAAGAGAACAAAACCAAGAACGAAGAACUUGCCCCAGAAAGCCAAGAUGCUCGGAAGGAAAACGGAGACACCACGAAAGAUGUGGAAAUGGCCGAGAGCAAAGCCAAGGAGUCCAGUACCCUAGGGAAGGGGAUGAUCAUAUUUGACGACGACGACAUCUCGGACAGGGAAGACACGCCCAGAGAGGGAGGCGACGCAAAGACACAGAAGAAAGACAUCGCGAAACCUCCUCGUUCUAUUGAGAAGGAAGUAGGGAUCACGCAGUAUGUUGGAGCUCACGAGGGCUUCUUUGGCAUCUUGAAGCAGAGGUAUUCAGACUUUCAAGUGAACGAGGUGUCGAGCUCAGGGGAGGUAGUCCACCUGACUGACCUGUCCGUUCCUCCUGAGCCACAGGAAAUUCCAGAGGCCCCCGCGGAGAUUCCCCCAGAGCUCACUCCACAGAAGAUGGUUGAGAUCGACAAGCUUCUAGGAAGGCCCCUGCGACUAGUUCCAUCCCAACCCUCCAAGGCAGAGGAGAUGGAGGAUCCAGCCACGAACGAAAAGGAUGAGGAAAAGGGAGACGACGCGGAAGUGAGGAUCUGCGUGGAUAACGUGGACAAGGAAGGACGGACCGCCAUCCACAAGACCAUCAAGGCAAAGUAUCUGAACGUGGAUAGCUUAUUCAAGGAAGACAAUGGAAAGAAGUUCAUUGUGGUCAGGAGGAAGAAAGCGAAGGGGGGGUGUCGUCAGGUCAGGAAGUCGUGGCCCAGGUCAAAGCAGUUCACAACCUUUGUGCUCUACAAGGAGAACGUUGACACCAUUGUUGCCAUCAACCUCAUCGCCUAUAAGAUCAGGUCGGCAGAUGCUCUUUGGAUGCAGUCUUUAUGCAUCAGAAGACAGCGGUAUUACAUAUAUGGAUCUUCAUGGAAAGUGGCUAACCUGCUAAUUGAUCAGCCCUGUCCACAUAGUGAAAUUCCUUAUGAGAGGUUGGAGAUGCACUCACUGUUCUUCAAGUCUAUAUCAGGAAUUAGAACACCAACCCCUGUUGCCCAAGAGGACCGUGUAGGCAUCACAGUAGAUUGCAAUGGGGGCUACCAUGAGGGGAUGUAG